CUCUCUCCCUCCCUAUGCAGCCAGUCACUGCAGCUGUGUUUAGUGCCUGGGAAGCCAGAUAUUAUUGCAGCCUCCGGUCCUCCCUUCCCUUCCCUCCUCGUCUCCCCCUCUGGUUGAUUUGAGAGCUCGGGCACCAGAUCUGAAGCCCUCUUGUUCUGUGGUUGUGUGCCUUUCGGCUGGUGUAGCAUUGAGAGGAGGCGCUGUUCCAGUUCCAGUUCCAGGAUGAGCAAGGAGGAUGUGCUCAAGGUGCAGACUUUGAUGCUGAGAGUGAACAUACACUGUGACGGGUGCGAGAAGAAGGUCAAGAAGACCCUCCACAAGAUCGACGGUGUCUACCAGAGCAGCAUCGACGCGGAACAGGGGAAGGUGACGGUGUCCGGCCUGCUGGAUCCGGACACCAUCAUCAGGAAGCUCAACAAGGCCGGCAAGCCGGCCCAGCUGUGGGGCUCCAAGCCCGGCGUCCCUCAGAACGGCCAUGGCGGCGGCAAGGGCCAGCCUAAGGACGCCGGCGGUGGCAAGGGCCAUUCCAAGGAUGCCGGCGGUGGCAAGGCCCAGAAGGGCGGUGCGGGUGGCGGCGGUCACAAGGGUGCCGGUGGUGCCGGUGGCGGGGGUGGUGGGGCCAAGGAUCCUAAGAUGGUGAUGCCGCAGCCGACGCCGCAGCAGCUCCAGCAGCUGCAGCAGCAGUUGCAGAUGAAGGGGCUGAAGCUCCCGCCGCACCUCCUGGGCGGCAACAUGCCGGCGUUCCCCGCGGCCGCGCCGUUGAAGGACCACCCCAAGUCCGUCAAGUUCGCCCUCCCCGAGGACAGCUUCGACGACGACGGUGGCAGCGAGUUCGACGAUGACUUCGACGACGACGACUUCGAUGACGACGAGGACUACGACGACGAGGGCUUCGACGACGACGUCUACGACGAGCCCAAGAUGAUGAAGCCCAUGGCCGUGCCGCCGCCGUCCGGCGGGGGCGACAAGAAGGGCGGUGGUGGCAAGAAGGGUGGCGGCGGGAACGAGAUCCCGGUGCAGAUCAAGGGAAACAACCACGGCGGCGGGCAACCGCACAACGCAAAGGGAGGCCCCCCGGGCGGCGGGAACCCGCUGGCCCAGGGGAAGAAAGGCGGUGGCGGUGGUGGCGCCGUCGGUGGGCCGAUGGGCGGCAUGCUGCCACAGCAGGCCAUGAUGAGGCCCAACAUGCUGGGUGGCGCUGGUGCCGGCUUCCCCGGUACGGCCCAGAUGGGCGGCGGACCUAUGGGCAUGCCGAUGGGCCACCCGCACAUGGGUAUCAUGCAGCAGGGCGGGGGCGGCGGCGGCGGCGUGCCGGGCCUGGGAUUCUACCAGGGAAAUGCCAACGGCGGCGGCGGCGGCGGCAUGCAUUCUGGCGCGGAGAUGCUUCAGGCCGCCGCGGCGUCCGGGAACCCCAUGGCGCAGCAGCAGUACAUGGCCUUGCUGCAGCAUCAGCAGCAGCAGCAUCAGCAGCAGAUGAUGCUGCAACACGGGAACGGCGGAGGAGCAGGGUACCCGGCAAUGGGCUACGGCUAUGGCCGGCCACCGAUGAUGCAUUACCCAAUGCCCCCGCACUCGCAUCCCGAGCCAUACAACAUCUUCAGCGACGAGAACCCCAACAGCACCUGCUCACUCAUGUGAUCAGCAUAUCGUCUCUUGCUGCCCUGUUCCAAGUAAAACAUCUGAAGGAGCUCAAUACCGCUGGCCGCCGGCGGACGUCCGCCAUGGUUGAAGCGCCGUCCGUGAAUCAAUCAUAAAUCAGUGUGCUUGGUUGGGGGGAUGAUCGUAGCUAGAAUUUGCCCCUUUUCCUCCUCCCGUUUCACCUUUUUCUCUACGCUUAUUUUCGCCUUCCUUUCAGAAAAAAAGGAACUUCCUUGAAUGCGAAGUUUGGUAUAGUAAUUAUGAAUAGUUUCCAUAAGGGAGGAGAUGGUGGGGGCCUUCUUCAUAGCCAACCCACCCAAUAGGGGGUGGGUGGGUGGUUCGCUUGCGUCUUCUUCCAUUCUACUAGCUUCAUAAAAGGUGGACUGAUGGAAGAGCAAAGUUGUCAAUCUCAGUAAAAUCAGUGUGCAUAUGUCGUGGUUCCUUUUCUGACCAUAUAUAAUAUAUAUAUGUAAUGGU